UGGCCCUCUCCCAUCAGCGAGGUUUGGUUCUCGGUACAGAUUUGUCGUUUUUCUGUUCAUGUCACCAAGUUUUCUGACGCACCUGAAGGUUUGGGAACAUUGACAUUUCUGAUAAACCCCAACUGUAUUGUUUCUUAAGGAAAUGUGUAAGCGGUGGUACAAUAGAAGCGAACUUAACAGAAGAAACUUAUCAAUGAUUAUACUUCACAUUGGAAGUAGAGCCUGGAGACAAAACUGUCCCACUUUAAGCAGUUUUAAUGGCAGAAAGAAGAAAGCCCUACUGUGUAGAGGAAGCAAUGGAAGAACUCGUGGGACCUGAUGGACAAAAAUGGGCCAGUAUGGAUCCAGAAGAACGAAUGUUAGCAGCUGCUACAGCUUUUACCCAGAUCUGUGCAGGGCAGGGUGAGGGAGAUGUCAGGAGAGAAGCCCCGUCUACCCGGUAUGAUCCCUACAGUAAAGCUUCGGUAACCGCAGGGAAGCGACCUGUGGCUCUUCCUCUGCAAGUGCAGUACCCGCAUUUGGACUGUAAUGUCACUUCAGAAACAGUCUCAGAGGCCUCCCAGAGACUCCAGAAGCCAGUGAUGAAGAGAAAGGUGCUGCGUAGAAAGCCAGGUGGGGAAGUAUUAGUGACAGAUGAGUCGAUUAUCAGUGAGUCAGAAUCUGGUACAGAAAGAGAGAUGGAUCUCUGGGACUUAAGACAAAGGCUGAUGAAUAUGCAGUUCCAGGAAGACAGGGAAUCCCCAGUUGAAAUUUCACAAAAAUUUAAUCUACCACAUGAAUACCAAACACUUACUCAAGAAGAUCAGCUUGUUUACUAUCUACAAAGAGAAGGAAUGGGCCCCCCAGCUGAUGAACAAGACCUGAUUGUUGCCAGCCGACCCAAGUCCUUUAUUCUCCCAAGGCUGGACCAGUUAAGCCGAAACCGGGGCAAGAUCGAUCGGGUAGCCCGAUAUUUUGAGUACAAACGAGACUGGGACUCAAUGCGGUUACCUGGUGAAGAUCAUCGGAAGGAAUUACGCUGGGGUGUCCGAGAGCAGAUGCUGUGUCGAGCAGAACCCCAACCCAAGCCUCAGCAUGUAUAUGUUCCAAACAAUUACCUAGUACCAACUGAGAAGAAAAGAUCUGCCCUUCGUUGGGGUGUCCGCUGUGACCUUGCAAAUGGUGUCAUGCCCAGGAAGCAGCUCCCCUUCCCUCUUUCUCCUUCUUAAAGGCUUUUUACCUGUCCCUCUCCUGUCACAGGAUUGUUGGGGAGAACCUGGUUCUUUACAUCUCUUCCAAAUAGAAACAGCUCACUUCAGAAAUCGAUGGACCACACAGAGUAGGGAUUUCACCCCUUAUUGGUCUUUCCUAGCUCGCUAUCAAGUGGUUAGAUGCCGUUUAACUUCCAACUCUCAGUUCCAGCAACCACAAGAGAAAUCAUGCCAGAGAAAGAAAACAGGCCUGGUCUUUCUGUUUUGUCAGACUAGUAAGUUGAGUCAGUAACACCAUUUCUGCUCUUUAAAAACUUGUUACCUUUGGCCAGUGUGAGCAGCUGUGUUUUUAUUAGUGUGUGUUUAAAGUUCUGGGUGUUAAGCUUAUCCAAUAAAGAAUUUUGGAAAUCUGUGAGCUUGACCUUAUUUUUACUAAAUACUUCCCAAAGUAAGAGAAGUAAGGAUCUAGAACCUGGGCUGUUGUUCUGCUUCCAUGUGUAGUGCCCAUCUGUACUCACCACCUCAGAGAUGAGGGCCAAAAGGAAGAAACAGAAACACGCCGUUUACUCACACAGUUGUAAGGAGAGAAGGGCAGCAGCACAGAUAAAUUAUCCCGUUGCUGCAGGAGUACAGUGAUUUCACAAUAUAUUGCCUUUGGUUGUCACUUCCGGAAUACCACGCUUUUUGUGAUCUGCCACUGAGAUUUGCUUAGGAAUUAUGUCUCUUGAAGACUAUUUCUACUCUGCAAUAGAAUUUCAAACUACUAACAUCUGGAAUCAAAUGCAGACAUAAAAGUCCAGAAUGAAUUAAGCCUAUUUGGGUACAGGCCAAACACUAAUUGCGCUCACCUUAAAUAGCAACUAUCUGUUCUACAUGUUUGUAAUUCAGUGAGGAACAUCUAAAAUCUAGAAGUUACCAGUUUUAGCAUUUGAAGGCAGAAGAGUGACAAGUAGUUUGCUUGCUCAAGGAAAGACAGCUAUUUAACAUAAAUGAAUCACCUUGAUAUGGACCAUUACUAUCUGCUAAAAUACCUUUUUUUCCCAUUAUAUGUAAAGCAACAUAAUUCACAUUCAUCCAGUUCCACUGCUAGGCAUUUAUCCGUAUAAAGGAAGUAAUCAGUGACUCAAAUAUAUGUAGGAUAUGUUCAUGGCAAAUAAGUGAAAAAUGAAAACAAUGUCCAACAAUACUGAGGUGGUUAAAGAGAUUAAAUCCAAAAAAAACCUGCGAUGGAGUCAGUUCAGACUCCUAGCGACCCUAUAGGACAGAGUAGAACUGCCCGAUAAGAGUUGGUUCCAAGGCUGUAAUUUUCAUUGAAGCCGACUGCCACAUCUUUCUCCCUCGGAAUGGCUGGUGAGAGUUCAAAUCGGUUAGCAGCCGGCGCUUAACCACUGUGCCACCAGGGCUAAGCAGUUAGCAUAAUUAUGGAAGAUACAAAAAAAUGCAAAUUCAGUGAAACACUGCAAACUUAAUGAUCUCGGUUAUACACCCAUGUGCACGUGCAAAGCACAAGGAAAGAUCAAAGUUAACUCAGUAGCAGGGUGAUGGGUUAAUUUUUAUAUUACUAAAAAAAUUUUUAAAUUACAUGGUAUUUUUGCCUCACAGCAAAAAACAAAACAAAACAAAACAAUGAUUUACCUUUCUUAGCCUCUUACAUAGAUGUCAAAUAUUACCAGUAUUACCAAAUCAAAGUUUCUGAGGCGACCAUCUAGUUCAACCCCUAUUUAAAGAACUAGCGGGUAGAGGUUGGCCUGGUCAUACAGCAGAUUUGUGGCAAAUACAGGAUGUGAGCCCAAAUCUCUUGAGUCAGUAUGGUGUUUCUCCAGCAUAUCAUACUCUCUCGGGAUGACGUGCAGUGGUUCCCAAGCAGACAUCUAACGUGACAUCUGAGAGGGGGCCGCCGAAUUACCAAAAAAAGGGAAUUCAUGUGUGUGCUAAACACUGGCUGUAAGUUAAAACUGCCACCGUCAAAGGUCAUUGUAUUUUUUGAAGUUAAAAAGAGUCUUAAAAUGGGCAGCUCCUGUCCGGAGGUGAGAUGAGAAGGCAGAGAGGGCCAGGAGCUGGUUGAAUGGACACGGGAAAUCGGGUGGAAAGGAGGCGUGUGCUGUCACAGUACAGGAAGAGCAACUACGGUCACGUAACAAUGUGUAUAUACAUUUCUGUAUGAGAGACUAACUUGAAUUGUAAACUUAAAAUACAACAAAGUUGUUUUUUUUUUUAAAAAAAUCUCGAAAACGUUAGGAAGCAGUGAAGUAGUGCAAAAGCAUUCCUCAUGAUAAACUUUAUUUUAAAGCAAAGGGGGUAUCCAAAGGAUCAAGGGGCCCAAGCUAUUAGUACCCAAAAGCAAUCGGUACUAGUGGCGUGUAGGGCAAUUCCCAAAACAAUCUGAAAACUGUCGCCAUGCCUCCCUCCCAUCCCACACGCUACCAGCAUCCCGAUCUCUACUAGUGUUUAGCUGUAUGAGCACGCACAAUUCUAACUGGGGCAGCAGUCCAGGGGCCCUCUAAAUUCCUGUUACCGAAUGAUAAAGAAACCCCUACCGCUGCGAAUUUCUGCAGGAGACCCAGAAAAUACCGGGCACAGGAAAGCAUAAGUGGUCUUAGUCGAGGUCCCACUUCCGUACACCAGUGCUUUCCUGAAACGAUCGAGGAAUGGGGAAGAGGGAAAGAAAGAAAGUUCAGCUGUUUGUUUACUCCUCUUUGCAGAACCCAGAAAGUUGAAAAAACCAAACCAAACAAAAAUACCUUUUACCGGUCCUCAGC